UCAAGAGUUAGAGGUAACUGAAGACAUACAGCAGCACACAGUUAGCACCUUUAGUCAGCUUCCAUCACUGACAGAGGACACGUUACUGUGACAUGGGGCCGCAUCGUGCUGUCUGUUUCAUAAUAGUUCUGUUGUAUUGCGUGCAAGCAGACGAAGGACAGGAAGUGGUUAAAGCAAGAGAGGGGGCUACAGUCACCCUAAAUACCACAGAAACCAGCUACAUGAGUAACACUCAGGUAGUUUGGACUUUUGGAGCUAAGAACCCAAAUGCGCGCAUCGCCAAUCUGAAGGAAAGGGAAGUAACGACUGACUAUGAUGAGCGUUUCAAAAACAGACUGAUGCUGUACAGUCAGACCGGAGCUCUGACCAUCACACAGCUCAGAGCCAGUGACUCUGGUGUUUACAUGUACCAGUCCAUUGGUGCCAACAUCAUCUCUCGGCAAUUCUACCUGACUGUCUACAGUCCUCUCCACUCUCUCUCCAUCAGUGUCAAUCAAUGUUUGAUCAACAGAAGUUGUAGUUCGCUCACACUGGAGUGCUUUGUGGAGAACAGCAGAGAUUUGACCCUGUCCUGGUACAGAGGGAGAGACAUACUGAAGAAGACGAGCAGUCCUGAUCUGUCCACCAAGCUGUCUCUUGCUCUGGAAAUAGAUUCCAAGGAUGGAGGUGGCUACAGCUGCGUGGCUGAAAACCCUGUUGAAGAAAAGGUCGUCAGACUCCAUGCUAAGGAUACAUGCCAAGACAGAGAGACCAGCAGCUGGUGUAAAGCUGAAAUAAUGGUACGACUGGUAUUCUUGGCUGUAUUUGGCCUGGCUUUGAUUGUUCUUGUGGUGGACUACAUCAGACUCAGAAGAUGCUCCAGACUGGGGUCCUGAGGACCAUCUCAUCACUUGCUUGACACAAAACGUGACAAAGAAAAGACAGAACUAAUAUUUACUGGAAACAAUCCAGAUAGUUCUUACGUGCACAAAUGUCAAAAGUUAUUUUAAAAGUUAAGAUGAUUUCCAUCAAAAACACAAAAAGCAAGAGACAGCUACAGUGCUUCAUGAACAGGUGCCAUGAGUGUGAGCAUGAGAAAACUUUAAUACUGUCCAGGGAAACAGUGCAAAAUUUAAAAUGUGUCAGACCAAAUACCCCGAUUAUAGUCAUAAAAGUCGAUAAAACAUUUAUAGUUUUUACUAAUACCAUGAAAAGACCCAAACCAAUCAUAUUUAUUGCCCCAAUCCGCCUCUUAAAAUAGUCCCUAACAAAUGCACUACCCUCUUCCUGUUAGAGCGAUGUUCCAAAAAAAGAAAAACUACUGACCAGCUGUUUCUUUCUCUUUUUUUGUGAUGUGUUUGAUGAUGUCAGUUUGAGUCUGCACAUGAGAAAUAUUGAACUGUAUAAUAACCGGACUGAUAUGACACCAUACAUUCUAGAAUUUGGUGACACUGGAAAUAUGAAAAUGAUAUUGCAUGAUGAAUGCUAUGGCUGGAAAGUUUUAAAGUUUUAAAUGUCCACAUGUUAAAAGUCUAAUGAAUUUGUUCUUGUUCCAUUUUGUCACCAAAUGUCACUGAAAUCUGUGGAGGAGACGAACAAAACAUACACAGCACUGAAAACAGAAAUAAUAUUAAUAUAAUAACCCAUGUUGAAGCUAAUUAUUGCUGCAGUUAAAGUAGCUUAUAACCAACCCAUGAUGCAAGUGACAAAAUGAAUGUACCAUAUAUGUAAGAUUUUGGUUUAUAUUGCAGCUUUUGGAAAAUGCAAAAUAAUACUUUUAUUAAUGAAUGUUAUUCACUGUUCACCAUUCACCAUGUUCAUAAAAUCAUGAGCUGUGUUAAAUUGUCUUGCUGGCAAGCAUUUUUUUUAAAUUCAUAAAAAAUAAAUGAAUGUUUUAUACAUAAAACAAUGAAUGAAUGUAUUAUACAUCAUAACUGAAUAAAUGUAUUAUGGUAAAAUGAUUAUAUACAAAUAAAGUAAGAUAAACAGUUCUCUAUUCAUUCCUUUAAGACAGUCUCUAUCCACUAAUCCACUGUAUCUACUUGAAACAGUUCUAAGAGAAACAGGUGCUGGCUUUGCCUCUAAUCGAUCUUUAACCCUUGAACAGUUUUUUUUUCAAAACUUUAAAAGGUAGAGUUAUAUAACGUGUUAAAUGUUAUGUU